UAUCCUUUUCCUCCAUCUCAAUGUCACAAGAUUCAAACUACUCUCCCCCAUCAUGGAAGUAAGUGCAGUAUGGUGUGGGAUGGGAGCAUUAAUAAUCCUGGUUUGUUAUGCUUGGAGAUUUCUGAAUUGGGUAUGGCUGAAACCAAAGAAGAACGAAAAAUGUCUAAGAGACCAAGGCCUGAACGGAAGCUCCUAUAAAUUCUUGUUCGGAGACUUGAAAGAGGUGGUUAACAUGUUAAGAGAUGCGAAAUCUACAGCCAUAAAUCUAAAUAAUGAAAUUGUCCCCCGAGUCUUGCCCUUUGACCACAAAUCGCACACUGCUUAUGGCAAGAUUUGUUUCACAUGGAUGGGGCCGACACCUAAGGUGCAAAUAACUGAUCCGUCUAUGGUAAGGGAGGUCUUGGCAAAUAACUAUCAGUUUCAAAAGCCAAGAGGAGGAAACCCAUUAAUAAGGACGCUAGGAGCAGGUCUAACAGAUGCAGAUGGUGAUCGAUGGAGCAAACACAGAAAAAUAGUCAAUCCUGCUUUUCAUGUCGAAAAGCUCAAGCAUAUGGUGCCUGCAAUCUAUGUAAGCUGUGCUGAGAUGAUCAACAAAUGGGAAGAAAGGUUAAAAAAGGAAAGUUCAUGUGAAGUGGAUGUGUGGCCUUAUCUGCAAACGUUAUCCAGUGAUGUUAUUUCACGUACAGCAUUUGGUAGUAACAUUGACGAAGGGAAGAGAAUAUUUGAACUACAACGGGAACUAGCAGUGUUAGUCAUAGACGCUAUACAAUCACUCUACAUUCCUGGAUCGAGUUUUUUUCCAACAAAAAACAACAACAGGAUAAAGAAAAUUGACCAAGAAGUGAAGGCUACGAUAAGGAGUAUCAUUGACAAACGAAUAAUCGCAAUGAAAGCUGGAAAAAGGAGUAAAGAUGACUUGUUGGGCAUACUCUUGGAAUCAAAUUACAGAGAAAUUAAACAUGGGAAUAAGAAUUCUGGAUUAACCAUUGAUGAAGUGAUCGAUGAGUGUUAA